AUGUUGCCGAGUGAUUAUUUUAUCGAAUUGCUACAAAGAUUUCAGGUGACGGGAAAGUUUCGUUCGGGAUACAACCCGUUCACAAUUGGUUGUUGGGGGAAUGUUCGACGGGCGCUUUGUUCUAGUCAAUUUCCUGCAUUCGAAGCUGUGAUUGCUAAGCAAAAGUCUUCAGAUACAAAGAAAAAAACGCAUAACGAUGUUCCAACAGUUAUCUACGUACCUGAUUCUAAAUCGGCCACCAAAAGUGGUGGACACAUUAGGAUGAAACAAUUAGCAGAAGAUAAUCAAUCAGUGGGAACAACACUGUCAAUAAAUCAACGGGAUGCAGUAUUGGAUGGAUCUAAAUGCAACUUAUAUGAAGAUAAUGAAAGUAAAAGUAUGAGUCGACAAAGUGCACUGUAUCAGGCAGCCGUUGAAGAAUCCAUGCGAUCAGCGCAUUCUUUUUUGGUACAUGAGAAUAAUCUGAGUGAUAGCAGUAUACGAAAUGGUAAUAUCGAUGAUUCGUCACUGUCAUCUCCAACGAAAGAUGUGAUUCGUGCAGAGGGGGNGCACAUCUACGUCCAAACGAGCAACACUUCUCUUCGCAGUCAUCCGGUGCUGUUUCAGCAUUAG